AUGCAAAAAGAAUGGGAUGACAUAAGGGCCCAAAAGGACGAACUUCAUCGAAAAAGGGAAGUUUUCCAGAAGCAGUACGACCUCUGGGAAGCAUAUCGAUUCAAUGGCACCGCUGGACGAAGCCAAAAUUUAGCAGAGAAAUCUCAGAACCUUGAUGCACAUGGCACAAACCACAACACAGGACACAGUCCGAUUAUGCACAAACGCUCUGCUUCAGCUGAACUCUCUAGCCAAACACCUGAUGAUUACAUGUCAUCGGGCAAAGACCUGAAAGAGUUAAGCAAGCAGCAGCAACACCGCAGUUCAGUCGGCAACCUUCAUCACAAGCCAAUCCCAAUGCAGCUAUAUAGUGCAACCAACGAGCAGCGGGUGAGUGAGAAGAUGAAACAGCAUUUACCCCUUCAGUUGGCCAAUACUGGAAAUUCUGCUACUCUGCCCACCACAGGGAAGAGUACAUCCGGGAUAUCUCAAUCUCAGCAAUCGGGAUUGAACCGUGCUGGACUUGGACGAUCUGCAUCAAACACCUCAUUUUCCCUAGUCAGGGAGAACAGCAGUCUGAGCCAGAACGGGCUCAAAGUCACCCGCAAACCGGAAUCUCUAAGUCAGAUCAAAAACAGUUAUACUUUUAGAAUCAUUAAGGUUUUUGAUUAA